UAAAGUAUUGCCCCCCCACUCAAAAAAAAAAAAAACAGAUUAGCAGUGCGGUAGCCUUACAGGCACAAAACAAAUACGUUGUUGAGUUCUCCAAAUAGAUGUUAGUUUGAAUUUGACGGAGUUCAUAAGUAAUAAGAAGCAAUGACAUUCUUGUUGACAAACUAUAUUACAGUCUUACGUUCUCCUGGUGUACCUAAUAUUGUGGCCACUGAGUGCAUAUUCUCACGCAUGUAUGUAAUAGAGCUCUGCAGGUCACGGUCAGGGAUGGGGGAGUGAGUGCGCGCGCGUGAGUGUGUGUGUGUGCGUGUGUGUUUUAAUGCAGAGGCCGUCUGGAGGAUGUGUCUGGCCGGCCCUCCCUUCCAUUGUCCCCUAUCCAGUCCUCCCCCACGAAGUUGGGGGGUGGGUGGGUCAGUUCUGUAAAUCACAACGCCUCGCAGUUGUCUGACACGAAUGCAAAGCACCGGACGGCGCAUUUUUCUUUCUUCCCCAUCCUAUGGCGAGGUUCCUGGAAGUCGAAAUGGGGCUCCGAGUCGGCAGGAUCCGUAUGUAGCCAGGGCUGCAUGCGGAGGCUCCGGGCUGCCUGCAGCGGCGGCGGGUCCUCCUCGGACCGACGCGUUCUCCGGUGUCCCGGCGGCCGUCUCAUGCGAAACCCAGCGGCCCAUUUGCGAAGCUCCAGCCCCACACAGUCCAAUGGUCAUUGCCUUUGCAACAGACCCCAGCCACAGGGCAUGGAUAUAUCUGAACUGGAGCUGGUUCAGAUAAUACUUAUCCUGCUGGCGAUGAGCGUCAUGGUGGCCGUGGUCGUGUGCCUUCUCAUCCACUACCGCCUGGUCGCCCUGUCCCUCCUCGGCAGGCUCGGCCACGCUCAGGAAGUCCCGACGGAGGAGGUGCGACGGGACACGAGUGGUUGGCAAAACGGCAUGUUGAAUCGACAUGGGCAAGGCCAGCCGAUCCGUGGCCUCCAGAACCACAUCACACCGGUCUUCGCGCAGCACCGCCACCUGUGUCGCCUGCAGCCCACCUACCCCGACAUGCUGCAGGAGACUGUCAACCUGCCCCCCAUGAUCUGCUUGCCCGACGCAGAGGAAAAGGAGCGCCGCAAGACUCCCCGCUGCUUCCAGCAACAUCCGGAGCUAAAGUGCUCCUGCAUUUGCGCCCCUCCCAACCGUAACGUCCUCACGGACAAUUACGGACAGAGCACCGGCCCACCGGCAGCCAAAAGCGAGUCGGGAAGCAGCGGAGAGAGGUCCGAGAGCCCCCCGCCCUCCUAUAGUGUGACUAUAAAAGACUCCUAUUGUCAAAGUCCUCUCCCGAGUCCUAAAAGGUUGCAAACAAGCUGGAGCGCCAUUGAAAACACAACCUCCACUGCGGCCGUCCCUCAUAACUCCUCGGUCACCUGAGAGACUCAACCAAACGCUUUCUUUGUCAUACUUAAAUGUUAUCAAAAAUGUUCUAUGCGGUGC